AUGUCGUUAUUUCGCACGAUUGCGCUACACAGAAAUAUUCACAAACUUUUGAUACAAAGAUUUUCUACACACGUUCGAGAUGAAGUUAAAGAAAGUAUGGUUUCAAAGGAAGCAGAAACACACUUUGGAUUUGAGAUUGUGAAAGAGAACGAAAAAUGGAAGAAAGUACAUAAAGUGUUUGAAGAAGUUGCAGAUUCUUACGAUUUGAUGAACGAUGCUAUGUCUAUGGGCGUUCAUCGUAUAUGGAAGGAUAUAUUCAUAGAACGGCUAGGCCCUAUUGGGAAUGGCAUAAGACUUUUAGAUAUGGCUGGAGGCACGGGUGACAUAUCCUUUCGAUAUAUGAAACAUUUACAAAAUUCGCCAGCCGCUCAGCGCAUACCCAGUCAUGUAACAGUUUGCGACAUCAAUCAGAAUAUGCUAGACGUUGGACAAAAGCGUUGGAAACGGUUAAAUCUUUCAACAGCAGGAGAUACAAUCGAAUGGGUAUGUGCAGAUGCUGAGAAGCUGCCGUUUGAUGAUGCUUCGUUUACAGUAUACACAAUUGCAUUUGGAAUAAGAAAUUGUACCCAUAUAGAUAGAGUUCUUGCAGAAGCAUAUCGGGUUUUAAAGCCAGGUGGUCGUUUUAUGUGCCUUGAAUUCAGUCACGUUAAUAACGAAUACUUAAAAAGGGUUUAUGAUCAAUAUUCUUUCGAAGUAAUCCCACCUAUGGGUCAAAUUUUGGCAAAUCAAUGGCAACCGUACCAAUACUUGGUUGAAAGCAUCAGAAAGUUUCCUACUCAAAAUGAAUUUAAGAGAAUGAUUAUAAACGCUGGAUUCAAAUGUGUGCAAUUCGAAAAUUUGACAUUAGGUGUAGUAGCAAUACACUCUGGAUUUAAGUUGUAAACCUGAUUAAGAAUUUAAUUUCGUUGUUUUGUUUUCGAAAUUAGUUAAAUGUUUUACAUCAU